AUGUCACCAUAUAAAUUGGUGUAUGGGAAGGCUUGUCAUCUACCAUUGGGUCUUGAACACAAAGCAUUCUGGGCCCUCAAGCUGCUAAACUUUGAUAAUAAUGCUGCUGGUGAAAGGAGGCUUUUGCAACUGCAAGAACUAGAAGAAUUCAUAUCCCAAGCCUAUGAAAAUGCCAAAAUUUACAAGGAAAAGGCAAAGAAAAGACAUGACAUCAAGUUGGCACCAAGAAGCUUUGAAGAAGGACAGAGAGUGCUCUUCUACAAUUCCAAGCUAAUGUUAUUUCCUGGGAAGCUAAAGUCAAGAUGGUAA